AGAAGAUGAUCCGGCGGUUCGUGAAUCUGGUGUUGGAAGAGUACUACGACAGCCGCAAGUAUUCGCUGCACCGGCUGGACGUCGCCAAGUAUCUCUUCUACCCGUCCACGGCCCAAGCGGAAGCAGCGAACGCCAAGGAGAGCAACAAUGGUGGCGGCGGCGUCGGCGAUAAGCCGAAUGCCCCGAAGCCACCGAGGAUCAAGAGGCUGCGGCGCUGCCCGAGCCGAGCAUGCGCUUCUCCCCGUUCCCUCCCGCCGACGACGGAGAGGACAAGCGCUACCGGGGGUCGUCCUUCAACGACGACACGUUCAUCCUCCUCAGCCCCGGCAGCAGCGAGGGCCGCAUCCUCCACGCCACCGAAGGGGGCGCCACCGUCGUCUACGACGCCGACGCGCACGCCGUCAGCGCCACCGCUCCCAGCUUCCCCGCGUGUAUGGAGCGGUGGCCCAUCGCAUUCUCCGUCCCCGGCGCCGGCGGCUUCAUGGAAGAGAAGGAAAGCCUAUACGUGAUGCGCUCCACCAUCAGGCCGCCACCGCCGCCCAAGUACAAUCGCUACGACCCUGCUCCCAAGGAGCAAGACCCCUGCUCCGGCGACUUCGUGGUCCUCGAUUUCAACAAACCCUUCGAGUGGCAGCGUCUUCCACGGCCGCCCUUCGUCCCCGACGGCGACCGGCCAGGCUCGGGCUCCUACUCCGACAUCAGAAUCGGAUCCUCCACGGUGGUCGACGGCGGCCGCACCAUCUGUGUGUCAGUGUCACCGUCAUUCAACGUCGAGCGCACCUACUGCUUCGACACCGCCACGCGCCAAUGGCGGCACGCCGGCGACUGGGCGCUGCCCUUCUACGGCAGAGCCGAGUACGUCCCCGAGCUCGGGACCUGGAUCGGCCUCUCCUCCUCCCCGCCCCACCACCUCUGCGCCUCCGACCUCGCCGCCGCCAUGGACGCUCACCGAGCUCCCACGCUGCAGCACGUCUGGGAUGACUUCACCCCUCCGCCCGACAAAGACUCGUCGAUCGUGCUGAACCGGCGCUUCCCGCUGUACGUUCUCAGCCGGUGGACGGAGUGGUCGCUGCUAGGGGUCAGCCUGGUGAACCUGUGCUCCGGCAGGUUCUGCAUCCUCAAGGUAUUCAACAUGAGCCGUAGUGAAUCGGUCGGCUUCUCUUCAUACGACUGGUCCGAAGAGAAGGAAUUCACCGUGCUCACCGGCGUGGAGGUGGUUCGCUGCCACGACGGCGAAGGGGGGCUCCGGAUGGUGAAGCACAAAUCCAGACGCUGCGAGUUCGACAGCAACGACCAUUGGCUGCUCUGAAUAGUCAAGCAUCAAUUCCAAAUUAAUGUCAUUUGAAGGAGCUAGGCACUGUAAUUAUAUUGGUAUUAUUUUUAUUAGAUAUAUUCCACUAGGAAAGAUAUUUAAUU